AUGGACGUAAAGUGAGAGAAACAUGAUUGAAUUGAAGAGGUGGCGAAAUGAGCGCAUUCGGACACACCACCUAAGAUAUAGGCAACAAGACAAAAACAAGGUUUCAUUGCACCACCACCACCACUACCAAACACACACACUUACUGCCUAUCUUCACCCCUUUCUCUCUCACACACAAUCACACACACUCGACUCUUUCUCUCUCUAAAACUCAAGAUCUCCUCCAAAUCCGACAUUCUUCAAUCUUCUAGAACCUCUCUUCAUUCUCAAACUACUUGGAUCUGCUCUCAUUCUCCCUCCCUCCCUCUCUCUCUCUCUCUCUCCCCCUCCCUCCCUCUCUCUCUCUCUCUCGCUCUCUCCCUCUCUCUCUCCCUCUCUCGCUCUCUCUCUCUCUCUCUUGCUCUCUCUCUCCCUCCCUCCUCGCCCUCUAUUGGUGUAUAAGAGAAUGGCGGCGAGCUCCGACCCGACUAAGCGACCCCGACCCGGGCCAUUCCCUCCGGUACCGGAAGGCGCGGCAAUGCCGGCGUCAUCCUGGGCAAAACGCACUAAUUUCAAACCUAAAUUCUCCGGCGAGACCAAUGCCUCUAAUUCCGGUCAGCUCUCACUCCAACCCAACCCUAAAAGCACUCCGGCGCAAGUAGAUCUCGAAGCAGGCCGCUCUGUCAAUGGUGGUGCUCAAGUUAACAAUGUUCCGGUGCCUGAGAAGACCCAGGUCUUAAAGAAGCGAAGAGAUUCCGACGGCGGGGCAGCACCAGCAGCAGCACCAGCUGCUGAGGUGCCACCCCCUAAGAGGACUAGUUUGCCUAGUGUACCGCAGCCGAGGGCGGUCAGGAGUGAUGAAGCUGUAUUGCCUCAGACGGUUGAGGAUGAUGAGUUUGUUUCCAGACAUUCACAUAUGAAGUAUGAGCUUAGAGACUCACCGGGCUUAGUUCCCAUCGGGUUUUAUGGAUUCCAACAUUAUCUCUCAAUACUGGGCUCAUUAAUUCUCAUCCCUCUUGUCAUAGUUCCGGCAAUGGGUGGUUCCCAUGAUGAUACUUCUAGGGUGGUUUCGACUGUUCUUUUCAUAUCAGGAAUGACUACUCUUCUGCAUACAUCUUUUGGUUCAAGGUUGCCCUUAAUACAGGGUCCAUCUUUUGUAUUUCUUGCUCCAGCACUUGCAAUAAUUAACUCCCCCGAGUUUGUGGGACUGAAUGAAAAUAAUUUCAAGCAUAUAAUGAAAGAAUUGCAGGGGGCAAUAAUAAUUGCUUCAGCUUUCCAAACAUUACUUGGAUACAGUGGACUGAUGUCAAUAUUGUUGAGGUUAAUUAAUCCAGUGGUUGUGGCCCCAACGAUUGCGGCUGUUGGACUUUCUUUCUACAGCUAUGGAUUCCCACAAGUGGGCAAAUGUCUUGAAAUUGGUUUAGUUCAGAUAUUGGUUGUCGUUAUCUUUUCCCUUUACCUCAGAAAGAUUUCUGUUUUUGGUCAUCGCCUAUUUCUGAUAUAUGCGGUACCAUUAAGCCUGGCCAUCACUUGGGCUACCGCUUUUUUACUGACAGAAGCAGGCGCAUAUAGCUAUAAAGGCUGCGAUGUAAAUGUACCAGCUUCAAAUAUAAUUUCUGAACAUUGCAGAAAGCAUAUUUCUAGAAUGAGGCACUGUCGAGUUGAUACUUCUCAGGCAUUAAAAUCUUCUCCCUGGUUUAGAAUUCCUUAUCCAUUACAAUGGGGAACUCCCGUCUUUAGCUGGAAAAUGGCUCUUGUGAUGUGCGUGGUGUCCAUAAUUUCGUCAGUUGAUUCAGUCGGGUCUUAUCAUGCAUCAUCACUUUUGGUGGCAUCUAGACCUCCAACUCCAGGUGUUGUAAGUCGAGGUAUUGGUAUCGAGGGUCUUGCUAGCAUCUUAGCUGGUUUAUGGGGCACUGGAACUGGUUCUACAUCUCUAACCGAAAAUGUGCAUACUAUUGCUGUUACAAAAAUGGGAAGCCGCAGAGCAGUUGAUUUGGGUGCAUGCUUGCUAAUUCUCUUGUCUGUUGUGGGUAAAGUUGGAGGGUUUAUUGCUUCAAUUCCUGAAGUCAUAGUGGCUGCCCUACUUUGCUUUAUGUGGGCAAUGCUUGCGGCUUUGGGUUUGUCCAAUCUACGUUACAGUGAGGCUGGAAGUUCCAGGAACAUCAUUAUUGUUGGGCUGUCCUUGUUUUUCUCCCUCUCGGUUCCAUCUUACUUUCAGCAGUAUGGUGUCUCACCAAAUAGCAACAUGUCUGUUCCAAUUUAUUUUCAACCAUACGUCGUGGCCUCUCAUGGUCCUGUCCACACCAAAUCUGGAGGGCUUAAUUAUGUAGUCAACACUCUGCUCUCGCUUCACAUGGUGAUAGCAUUCCUAGUAGCUGUUAUUCUGGAUAACACUGUACCAGGUAGUCGACAAGAACGUGGGGUUUAUGACUUUAUGUAUGGUCAGAAUCUGAUGCUGCAAAAACGGAGCCUGCUGUUGCUAAAGACUAUGAGUUACCCUUCAGAGUUGGAAAGAUAUUCAGAUGGGUCAAGUGGGUUGGAGUUUGAGCUUCAACACAAAAGGUGGUUGUCGCCACCGUAGAAAGUUACUGAAUUUAUCGACAGCCCAUUCUCGGGAAUUUUUCUUCUUGCAUUUUGGGUCUAGGCACGAGUUUCACCAGUACAGGAAUGAAGAAAUUGUAGUUUGUAUAACUUUUUGCUUUUCACCUAAACACAGGUGCUACUUAAUUGGUGAUAGGUUUUGUAGAGGUGAGUUAUUUGUGUACAUUGGAGGAAUUUCGAGUUUCGGGUGUGUUGUAAUCUUAAAAUGUAAGCCUGUAUGUAUUUGUGUAUUACCCCAUCUGUUUUAUAAGUCGUUUGACUAUUUGGCAUACA